GGGUCAACUCGAAUAGGUUGACAGAAAAGCCAGUGCGUACAAGUCCAACCUUUGUAAAAAGCAAUCUGACAGCCUUUCCACCUCACCUGUGUGCAGCUCAAAUGAGUGAGAGACGUGUGCUUUAGUAAAAACUACCACUUAAAGUGUUUGUUCAACUUCCCUAUUGUUCCUAGCCCACACCUUUACAAAAGUAAACCAGAAACGCCAUAUCUCGGCUAUGCGCAAACAGACUGGCACAGUGGCGAUGACAUUUUUAAAAAGCCCUGGCAAACCAGGCAGAGAUACAGUAGUAUGCCGUUGCCCCUUUGCCCCAAGAGAGAAGACAGCGAAGAAUAAUUAACGCUGCGAUUAAAGCUGAUUGCCGAGUUAAAUGACGCCGUCAAGGCACGCACGGGGGGACGCUGUAUAAAAGAGGGGAGAAAAAACGCGCUCAGCGUCCCAUUGGCUGCGAGAAUUCUCCAAGUCUGGUCUCUCGCCGGCUGCUCCCGACUCAAAGUGUUCACUUCAUCUCUGACUGCGGAGAGAGAGACAGCUCGUCAUGCUGAGGAACAACACGUACAGAAGCAUGUACCAGGGACAGGAGGUGAGGCUGCGCAGCGGGAAUCAGGCUCGGGAGAGGAAACACCUUGCUCUGUGCAUCAAUAACCAGGAAGAAGUGAAGAGGUAUCAUCGCUACUGCAACCACAGUGGAGGGCAAGCAGUUCAAAAGGUGGAGAGAAGCUGCCCUUGUAAGAGUGAGGAGGUGGAUGACAACAGUUCUCAUCACCGUGAUCAACAGCAGCGCCUGGAGGUGAAGGCUAUUGUGAUUCAGCGGGCCUGGCGUGCCAGUAUUUCCCGUCGAGAGAGCUGGCAGGUACAAGACAAGAACUGCACCCGCCAUCUUUGGGGCGAGACGGCGCCUUCGGAGAGCCUCCAGGACCCCGUGAUGACCACUAAUAUUUCUCCGGAUCAGCUGAAGAGCCUCCAGAGUGGCUACAAGCAUGUUAAUGAUGAAGGUUUCCAGCUGCAGAGUAAUCAUCUGACUAUGGACCUAGACAACAACAUCAAUAUCAACCUGCCACCUGUUGAGAACAAAGUGUUGAUUAUUCAGCGGGCCUGGCGCGACUUCCUACAGAGACAGGAAGUGGAGAAGAGGAGCCCCUCCCCACCCUCCCUCUCGUCCUCUGACAAGAUGAGCAUGUCAAUCAGCAUGAUGACCCUGUCAGAUGGCAGCACCCCAGAUUAUCGGGAGGAUGGCAUGGACCUGGGGAGUGAUGCGUCCAGUCGCUCCAGCUCUGAGUCCAACUCCAACAAGGUCACACCUUGCUCCCCUUCUCUUGACUUGGCCACUUUGGAGGACUACAAAUCCUCCCCCUCUCUAGACCUGGUCACUUUAGAGGACUAUGAGGAGGACGAGGACUACCAAGAGUAUAAGAAGAAGGUGAUAGAAGAGUGGGAGAGCGAGUAUGGAGAGGACUAUACCUCCCCACAGCCUUCCAGUGAGGGGGAAGGCAGAAAUGGCAUUGUGAGUGAUGACGGCACCGGCGAAGGCUACAGGAAGACAGUAAACAGUCGCAGCCUCGCUGAAGAAUUCCAGGAUGUGAAGACCAUCCCGCCCCUACCGGCACCCGGCGGACGCACUGCCACCUCAGUCGCAGCUGUCCCUGAGGAACUGAAACAGAAUGGAAAUCUGAUUUUGCCCAGGAGCAACCAGCUCCACUCCCCCGGCACACCACAGGGAGGCACAGGGACUCCCAAACCCAGCCACCGCAGCUCCAGGCAAGGCAGGGGGAGCCGCAGCAGCAGCAGUGGCGGGGGCGGUGGUGGAGGAGGCGGAGGCGGAGGAGGAAUUGGGGGGACUGGGGGACUGAUGCGAGGAUACAGAGAGGAGGACAGUGUGGAGGAAGAGCCUCUGCCCACCAUGGACUGGGCAGCCCUGGAGAGACAUCUGGCCGGGCUGCAGUGCAGAGAGCAGGAAAACCAGAACCUCAACCAGAACCAGAACCACAACAUGGGCAAAACCAACUACACCUCAGCCCAGAAGAAUGAGAGGGAGUCUAUCAGGCAGAAGUUGGCCCUGGGCAGUUUCUUCGAUGAUGGGCCAGGCAUCUACACCAGCUGCAGCAAGAGUGGCAAACCCAGCCUGUCCUCACGGCUGCAGAGCGGCAUGAACUUACAGAUCUGUUUUGUCAAUGACAGUGGUAGCGAUAAGGACAGCGAUGCAGAUGACAGCAAGACAGAGACGAGUCUGGACACACCUCUGUCCCCCAUGUCCAAGCAGAGUUCCUCCUACUCGGACAGGGACACCACAGAGGACGACUCGGAGUCUCUGGAGGACAUGGACUUCUUGAGUCGACAGAAGAAGCUGCAGGCGGAGGCGAAGCUGGCCCUGGCUAUGGCCAAACCCAUGGCCAAGAUGCAGGUGGAGGUGGAGAAACAGAAUCGCAAAAAGUCACCAGUGGCCGACCUGCUUCCACACAUGCCUCACAUCAGCGAGUGUCUAAUGAAAAGAAGCCUGAAGCCAACUGACUUGAGAGACAUGACACUGGGGCAGCUCCAGGUUAUAGUCAACGACCUGCACUCCCAGAUUGAAAGUCUGAAUGAGGAGCUUGUACAGUUGCUACUGAUUCGGGAUGAAUUACACAUGGAGCAAGAUGCCAUGCUGGUUGACAUAGAGGACCUCACCAGGCAUGCCGAGAGCCAGCAGAAACAUUUGGCUGAGAAAACCCUAUCCAAAUAAGAUGCCUGUCCCCGCUCCACUCUGCUUCCCUCUGCCAAGCUUAGUCCCUUGCUCCAAAACAAACUUUCCCCUUUCCGGCCAUUCCACCUCUGCCCCACGUCGAUCCAAACCUUUCCCCGCUUGUCCUAAGUAUUUUGCUCCUCGCUGCUUCCCUGUUUCCCCUCCUGUCUGCCUUCCUGUCCAAACUCACUGACUCCAGCAGUAGCAGCAGCAGCAGCAGCAGCAGCACAGAAGAAGGCCACCCCUCUUUCAUUUGCUUCUGUGGUUUUCUCUCAGCGCUAAGGAUGGAGUAGCGCUGGGAGAGGAGGAAACUGAUUGUGUGUUGUCAUGGAUUCUGUCCCCAGCUUCCUGUGCAGUGAUCGGCCUUGCUUUGCUAUUGUUUCUUUUUAACUUUCUACAUUCACCACUAAAUUAUAACUGUUCAAAUUCAAAAAUUGUGGGAAAAAAGUAAAAUAAUAGUGAAAAAUUUAGUAGAAAGUCAGUCAUGAGAAAAAAGAAACAACAUUGUGUAAAAAAGAAAAAAACGAUGGAAAACUAACUUCUUCAGAACCAUUUUAAGUUGGACAGUACUUUUAAAGUAUUUCAAAGUCGACCCGUUUUUAUUCUGCACAAAUGGUAGUUUUCAACUGAGAAAUGUUCAUUUGAAGGUGCUAAAAGAGUGUAAAGGAAACAUGCCUGCCUUGUAGUGGAGUUGUAGAUUUUGGUAAUACGUUCACUCUAAUUGCUCUUCAACAUUUUGUGAAUGUUGAUUUUCUGACACGAGUCAUUUUAAAUGAAUAAGUGUGUUAAUAUCGUUUUCAUCCUAUUGUAUUCAGAUACUUUAUUUGAGGGAAGAAAUGUUUAUGUACAGAUAUGUAAAAUAAAGAAUAAACUUUGUUUCAUAUA